CCGACGCAGUGCCAGCGGUUCGAGCAGUUCGAGCACCGCAGCUUCAGCAGUGGCGUCUGUCCAUCUGCGAUGCGGUGGUUUGCACAUUUUGCGCGAUGGUUGCGUGCUUGCUGGCCUGCCGUGAACCACGUCGGCACGUCGAGAAUUCGCAAGAACUUCGACUUCAAGUGUCCCUGAGACGUGGCUACGACGUAUGCCGCACUUCCAGGUGCCACGGACCGACGCGCCUUUGCACACCAUCACCGAGCACGCAAGGCAUAAGUGGCAUGAGCAGCAUUCCCGUCGCUCCGGUUCCCUUGCAUGGGGACUAUAUCAGGUUGCACAACCUUAAUGCUAUCCAAGAACAACUACAUGCAGUGACUCUAAAACUACCCGAGUAUCACCGACGUUCGGCAGUUUGGUGGAGGUGGGACCGUCUAAAAGUAUCCAGACCAGGCGUGUGGAACGGACCUGCUGAAGUGUUCCUCGUUUGCAACCAUACCGCAUUUUCCUAUUCUGACGUCUUCAUUAUUCUUGCCUCCCAAGAGCGAUCGCCGACCCGGACCAGGGGAGAGAAGGCCUGCCUGCUUUUCCGUGACGUCAGCACACAGAUUGCAUUGGAGCUGUCGACCAAGCAGAUUCCGGUGACACGUGGGAUACGACGACGACGGAUGCUGGCAUUUCCGUGGACCAGGAAGACGGGACAGAGAGCAGCACGAUCAAAGCCGGUCCCGUAGCAGCGAGCACCGAGAACUUGCCGACCACACGCGGACCCGACCAGCGGGCUCCCGAGAGCCCAACGCCUACGACUCUGCUAUAUGAGUCCACGACGCAGUCAGAGUAUCUCCAAACUACAACCGCUGUCCAUUCGCCAUCGUUGUCCACGGCAGUUACAACGUCACUUGCCGUUCCCAAGACCAGCAGGAUUCGAGGAGGAACGUCCGGUCCUUCAGCCACAGUAGACCUCACGACAAGUCCGGUAACGUCGCUUCCCACGCAUGCGCCCCCUGCGACAAAGGUGUCGCCACAUACUACGAACUUGCCUACCGCGGCCUUAACCUACAGCGCGAGUUCAAGUUCUUCUUGGCGUGAAAGAGACGCUACCACUACUGCCAUUCCUACUACGUCACAUCUUAUUACUAGCAGCUCGCCAAAUUUAAGCCGUCAACGACGAGCGAAAGCAGAAAACCUCAUGCGGCCACCGCAAGCCCCGCGUUCCCGGCCAGUACCUCAAGAACUACAUCAGGGACAGUAUCGGGCACACGAGUGCCUACACCGACGCGGCAACCACCCACAACUUCCGCUGGGCUUCGUCCGACCACUUGGCUUCGUCUAAGCACUUGGCCAAGCGUUUACCCAAGCGUUGACGGCAAUACGGUGGGACCGGAUGUUACGUCAGUAAAACCCUCAGGGGGCAAAGCGACCACAGCGGCGCCGUACACGAGAAGUCGCACUACUACGUGGCGCGCAUUCACGCAAAUGAGAACAGAAGCCGCCAAGCCUACAACGCUUCGGCUACCGCAAAGGACAGCGGCUACUCGUCCAACUACCCGCCUCUAUGUCGCAGUGAACAGGACAAUAGCAUACAGCACUGCGUCCCCACGACUGUUCUCAAGCGGUCCCACUACUAAAGGCCCUGCAACUAGAGCAGUAUCGAUCACCGAAACGACUGCAUCAAAUCCCCUGACAAAGCCGACUAAGCCGAGGAAGAAAGCCACGGAAAUCUACACGAAGCCCGCCAUGUGGACGCGAAAGCCAACCGGUAAGCCGGAAGCUUUCACAACUUCGCUUCCCCAUGUCCGCACUUCGACACCCUCUUACUCAAGCACGUCGACUUCUAAGCCAACGAUAUCAAGGCAAAUGACUUCAGGUAUGCCGACUUCCAACCGCCCCUAUUUAAGCCGUCUUCCGCAGCCAUCUUCUCGCACUCCAAAAUUCGCGCCGACGGACGAGAGCAACCACGUGAUGAAACCCGUCACGAAGCCGUCUGGGGCCUCGUCCACGUCCAGCCCCCGGUCGAAAAACGACGAAGGCAACGACGUCAUGCUGAAUGACAUGUCGGGAAUGCCGGUGCUUCAGGAGAAGCACUCGGCGGCCGCGCCACUUACCGGGUCAGCCUGGAGCGUCCCGGCCCUUCUCAUCGCCGCUGGUCUUGUUAGUAGCCACGGCACUGUACCGAUGCCGUCGACGAUACAGGGAAAGCGCGGAUGAUUCCGAAAUAAGGCCCCUGUCCAAGUACGCGGAUGUAGAUGCCGGCGAAACUUUCUCUUGAGCACGCCUGCUCUGGUCACGUGUGAGCUUUAGCGUGAAGUAGUAUCGGCCGUACGUGGCGUUUUGUCAAAACCUGAGUGACCGUCUCUUAGUGGACGCUUGAAGUUCAAAGCACAAUGCACGGUAGGUCGCGCACCGCGAUGUUUGCUAUUUUUGUUCGCUAUUGAGACUGAUUUGAACUUUCUCGGAUGCAACUGAGCGUCGCGACAUCCUCCGACAGAAUGUCGUACUCCCCAGCUCUUUGAAACGCUGCAUAAAGAUGUGAAUUAUUUAAAUUGAGAAUCAGACUGCCCCAUAUAGUGAGCGCUCUUAAGCUCGCCGUAGUACCGGGCACUUUGAGUGAGAAAGAGUUUCGGUGAUUCAGGCGAAAGAAAUGAAUGCUUGUUGGGCAAUCUGCCGCCAGGUAGAUAUUGCGUGCAAGUACGUUCUUCCUUUGGCAAGUAGGAGCAAGAGGAAACGUAAAGUUUUCCGACUUGGCCCAUGAUGUCUCUGCGAUCAACAAUUCCGUGGAGCGCAGCCUUAGUGCUAAACAACCAACACUGACUGUUCGGUAUAUCUCUGUUCUUCCUUAUGAAUCAUGACUUUGAUCCACUUCCGCGCUAUGUCAAGUCGUGUUGUCACUUGGACGCUUUAUAGCAUGCUGCGUGAAUCUCGGUGCUCACAAGUUUGCUUCAACGUCCCGAACCUUUGGUGGAAUGAAAACAAUCUGCCUCCUGCUUCGCGACUUCACUUACGCUCGUUGGGGUGGUCGUCGUCGUCGCCAAAUAUGGAGACAUGAGUCUUCGAGACACGUUCCUUGCUACUAGAAGGGGUAUGUUCAAUCUUCGCAAUUAAAGUACCGACGUUGUUAAAUUGUCUAUUUUUGUUUUGGGAACGACUUUCCUUUAUAGCCGCCCCACCGUUUGCCAGAACCGGUGUGUGGUGCGCUUCCUUCCUUCCAAGUGGCCUGGACGAACUUCUGCGGUAUUUCACCGUGUUUUAUAUUUUGUGCAGGCAUUGUGUUUGCUCUAGAUGUGUUGUAAUUUGUUUAACCUCCUUUUUUUCGUUCUCCAGGGCAGGGUAGCAAACCGGACACUCCCGUGCAGAUAACCUCCUUGCAUUUACCCUUAUUUAAUCUUUUUCCCGCUCGCUCAUUUUCUGAUGUGCGAGAAAUAUGCAGUCUGCAUUCAAUGAAAUAGCGAUCUCAUCCAAGUAAGAAAAUGAGAUUCGUGCAACGUGUUUCCUUGCGGUUCUUUAAGAAAAAAAACUUUACGUCGGGCAUUGGCAAGUCAGGUGCAUGACCAAGGCGGACAUGCUCUCGUCAGGUAAACGUUAAAUCUUGUUGAAUAAAAUUAAUCGAAUAAGAAAUAUGGCAGCGUAUUGACUGAUUAGUUAAGGAAAUUACGGGCUCAAAAUAUAUGUAAAAACGAAUAGUGAAUUGUGCAAAAUAUUAAGCAUUCCCAAAUAUUGGUUUCGACGAUUUCCCAACGAGAGUGUUUCUGCAUUUCGAGUGCAGUUCAAGGGGUGAAACCCGAGAGGUCCCUGCGCUAUAGCUUCUUAU